CGCAAGACUUACUUUCCGGCGGCGCGCUGACGCCACGCGUCCCGCGCCUCUUCGCGCCUGCGCCGUGGUUGGAAGGUCGUUCCUGUGACCGGCUUGGCGGUUGGAGCAGCUGUCGCCAUGUUGUCGGUCGCAGCCCGCUCGGGCCCGUUCGCGCCCGUCCUGUCGGCCACGUCCCGCGGGGUGGCGGGCGCGCUGCGGCCCUUGGUGCAGGCCGCGGUGCCCGCCACCCCGGAGCCGCCUGUGCUGGACCUGAAGCGGCCCUUCCUCAGCCGGGAGUCGCUGAGCGGCCAGGCCGUGCGCCGGCCUUUGGUCGCCUCCGUGGGCCUCAAUGUCCCUGCCUCUGUUUGUUAUUCUCACACAGACGUCAAGGUGCCUGAUUUCUGUGACUACCGCCGCCCUGAAGUUUUAGAUAGUACGAAGUCUUCCAGAGAGAGCAGCGAGGCUAGGAAAAGUUUCUCCUAUAUGGUAACUGCAGUAACUACUGUGGGUGUUGCAUAUGCUGCCAAGAAUGCCGUCACCCAGUUCGUUUCCAGCAUGAGUGCUUCUGCUGAUGUGUUGGCCAUGGCGAAAAUCGAAAUCAAGUUAUCCGAUAUUCCAGAAGGCAAGAACAUGGCUUUCAAAUGGAGAGGCAAACCCCUGUUUGUGCGUCAUAGAACCCAGAAGGAAAUUGAGCAGGAAGCUGCAGUUGAAUUGUCCCAGUUGAGGGACCCACAGCAUGAUCUAGAUCGAGUAAAGAAACCUGAAUGGGUUAUCCUGAUAGGUGUUUGCACUCAUCUUGGUUGUGUACCCAUUGCAAAUGCAGGAGAUUUUGGUGGUUAUUACUGCCCUUGCCAUGGGUCACAUUAUGAUGCAUCUGGCAGGAUCAGAUUGGGCCCUGCUCCUCUCAACCUUGAAGUCCCCACGUAUGAGUUCACCAGUGACGAUAUGGUGGUUGUUGGUUAGAGACUUGGACUCAAGUCAUAGGCUUCUUUCAGUCUUUAUGUCACCUUAGAAGACUUAUUUGAGAGCAAGCCUUCUGUACUUGAAGUUGAUUUGAAAUAUGUAAGAAUUGAUGAUGUAUUUGCAAACAUUAAUGUGAAGUAAAUUGAAUUUAAUGUUGAAUACUUUCAAGCAUUCACUUAAUAAAGCCACUGUUAAGCAUUGUUACGCUCAGUCAUACACUUGAAAGGUACAAUGUCUUUUAGCUAAUUCUAAUUAAAAAUUACAGACUGGUGUACAAUA